GCCGCGGCCCCGCGGAGCGCCUGUAGCCGCGGCCGGGCCGCAGGCUGGCGAGUCGGGGCGCGCUGGCGGCGGCCGCCGCGACGGCGGCGGAGGAAGAGGGAGGCGGGACCCAGCCGCCGACCGUGCCGCCGCCCCACAAGAGGAUGAAGAAGCGGAAGGAGCUGAACGCUCUCAUCGGCCUGGCCGCCGACGGCCGCAGGAAGAAGCCCGCUAAGAAGGGCUCGGGCCACCGGCUGUUGCGCACGGAGCCGCCCGCCUCCGACUCCGAGUCCAGCUCCGAGGAGGAUGAGUUCGCCGGGGCGCGGGGCCGCUGCGGCAAGGGAGACUAUCUACGAUGCUGCAAGUUCUGUUACCCCUUAUGUUCGUUUGUCAUUCUCGCCGCUUGUGUGGUAGCGUGUGUUGGCUUAGUCUGGAUGCAGGUGGCCCUCAAGGAGGAUCUGGAUGCAAUAAAGGAGAAGUUUCGGACUAUGGAAUCUAAUCAAAAGACAUCAUUCCAAGAAAUUCCUAAACUGAAUGAAGAUUUGGCGCAGAAGCAAAAGCAACUUGAACAAAUCGAGACUGGAGAACUGGGGCUAAAUAAAGUUUGGAUAAAUAUCACAGAGCUCAAUAAACAGAUAUCACUAUUGACCUCAACAGUAAAUCAUCUCAAAAACAACAUAAAGUCUGCUUCUGAUCUGAUUUCUCUUCCUCUCACAGUAGAGAAACUUCAGAAGACUGUAGCUAACAUAGGCAGCACACUUACCAGUGUUUCGCAUGAUGUUGAAAAUAUACAGACAGCUAUUGAAGAAUACAAGAAAUCCAUAGAAAUCCUUCAGAAUGACGUGAGGGAAUUAAAACAGAUACCUUCACUUCCCUCCACUGUUGUGCCAAGGACUGAGAAAAAUCAGACAGAAAACUGCAGAAAGGAAAGCCAGUCACUGCAUGCAGCCUUGGGAGAGCUAAAUAACACUGUAGUGGCGUACCAGAAGUUGAAUGACAUCAAGCUUCUAAAUGUGGAUUCAGCCAUUGGUAACCUCAGCCAGAGGGUUAUGCUGUUAGAAAACUCUACCCUUUCUGGGAAUAAUCUGGACAAAAGAGAAAACUUGUCUAGCAAUGUGGGGAAUGAUGCAACUACCUCUCAAAAUAUGGAAAAUGAAGAUCAAAUAGAUAAUGAAACUCAUUCACAUAAAGAACUGAAGGUAAAAGAAACGGAAACUAGAGACUCUCAGGUAUCAAAAUUAAGAGAGACGCUUCAGAUGAUCAGUGCUCUCACAAGCAAGUCAGAAAAUGACAAACUCACCGAGACAUCAGAGAAUGUUGAAAGUAGUCUGAGUACUGCAGCAAAGCCCACAGACCUUUCAAGGCUGGCUUCAAGGUCAGCUGAUGACAACACAGAGGGUAAUGGACAGCUGAGACAUCUGUCCUUACCAGGAAUUUCCAGCAUUGAAGAUCUUCAGAAUUUCUUUGAAAAAGCAACCCAAGAUGCUGGUGGAAAACUGUCACAUGAAGAUCUUCAAAAGCUGCUUGGCUCAACAGCUCAAGAGUCACAGAGCUUUAAGCAAUUUGACACAGAUGGAGAUGAGAAAUACUCACUACAAGAACUGAGAUUAGCAUUAGGUGUCUAAGAUACAUAUUUAGAAAUGUGAUACUGAUGGAUGCUACUGUAGCUAAAGGAAACUACGGGACAUGAAAAACUACAUCUGCACUUUCCCAGUGUUUUACUGAUCUUUGGAGCUAAGUUACUGUACACAUUGCACCUCUUUUUUCAUUUGCAUUUACUGAGGAAAAAAAACAUACAAAUUUAUAUGUCGAUAGGACAUAAUAUUGGGACUGUGUUAAAAUCCAGAAAAUUCCCAAACUUGGAAACAUUUUCCUCUCAUUCUUUCCUUUUCAAGGGAGUUCUUGUUUUUAAUUCAAAAUGUGUACAUACUAAAAUAAAACUAUGGUUUUAUAGUUCACUGAAAUUUGCCUUAAAUUAGAGAGCUGCACUUUAUGUAGAGCAGAAGGAAAGCUGUCUUGUAAAGAUGGGCUGCUUCUGCUUGUAAAUAUUUGAGAUAGAGUAAAUUAUGCAUAUUUAAGGGGAAGUUUUUGUCAGGGGCUGUGUUGGUAGCAAGCUGUUUAUAAAAGACUGAGCCUAAAAGUGGUGGUUAAGAGCUUCAGAUAAAUUUCUAAUUUUGACCAAGUGCAUCCAUGAAUGAGUUUAGACUCAGUCAGAGGAAAGCAGGAGUGGUAAGUCAUGUCCAUCUCUAGCAGGAUUUAUUUUUAGAGGGAAGAGUUGAAAGUAUUUUUAUGUCAUGAGCCUACAGGAGCAAAAUACCAAGUGCUUGGGUUUUCACUUCAGCAUUCUUUUUGCUUUGUUGUAUUGCAUCCAGAUUACAUUUUGGGAGAUGAGCUUAUCUGUUCUGUUAAAAAAAAAUGUAUUGAAUAACAGAUGCUUAAGAGGUAAAAGUCUGCAGUGCAGCCUGCUGAGUAGCACCUGGAUAGUUCAUGCCUCAGGUGUGAUCAGCAGUGUGCUGAUGGUUUUGCUAACUGGUUACUGGAGAUCUUUGGAACAUGGUUGCUGAUGCUGCUGGUUUGUUCCAUGCACUGUUGUUUGGGUCACUAUGCUGAAGUGUCCCAAGUAAAGCUUCUGGUCACUAGGAGUGAGCAGGUGGGGAAGGCCCAAGGGUAGACUUGUGGGGUGUUUCCUGACUGAUGUGAACGUGAUCACUUUGUACCCUUACCUUUUGUGCUUUCACCAACAAAAGGAUGUAAAAUGCAGGAUAGGAGUGUGCAGUGGCAUUGGUGUUUUCUCCUGACACAUCUUUCUGAGGCUUCCUUACUAUAGAGGAACUGCAGGGUUUGUUUAUACUAGUGAACCUUCUGGAACAUAGAAAAUGACUUCUGCAGAAGGGAUUCUCUUGCAGAUGAGAGCAUGGCCAAGUUGGAUGAUUUUGCUCACAAGUAGCACUGAUGUUGUUGGGAGUUUCUUGCAUGAUUAGUGACCUGAAGUUGCCCGCCUCGCUAAGACAUCAGCUUAUGUGGAAGUUAGUUUGUAACUGUUGACUUUUACAAAACCUUAGACCGGAUGUUUUAUGAAUAAUUGUAUUCUGGAAGUAUGAAUCAGUGAAGGAAUGUACAAACCAGAGCCCUGUUACCUGUUGCCUAGGCUUCUUUCACUGUUGCUCUCUUCUAUCCUGUUUGGGUAAUGCAGAUGUGACCCAGUACAGAAACGCUUUUGAUGCGACGUUUGCAAACACAGUAUUUAAAAACGAAACAAAACCAACCAACCUUGGCUUUUGAGAGGACAAGAAGCUGAUACUUGCUUCUUGCUGCUUCCCAUACCCUUUUAUACACUACUGUAUAAUUCCUUAACCAAAUAAAAAAAAAACCCUAGCAAUAAAAUGUAACCAUUCUGGUAUUUUAUUUGUACAUACUGUAUCAUAGCCAUAUGCCAGAGUUUGCAAAAUAUUUUUGGAAGUUUGAUUUGUAUGGAAUUUAACUUACCUUAAAAUUUAAGGGAUUAUUGUAGCACCAUGUGAAUCUCUUAGUAUUUUGUUUUGUUGCAGUCUGCUUACUUUUAGAAGGCUCUUUAACAGCAGCAGUGAACCUGUCAGCUAGAGGCAGCGUGUGCUGCUCCAGCCACACAUAUCCUCGGUGUGUGGCCAAGGAGUGAAGCUGGUCAGUCAUUAGCAGUGGGGUGCAGCUGUCCAGGGGUGCUGCUUAACUUGCAUGUCAAGAGCACAGUCAGUUGAUAAUUGCUAUACUUGCUGCUGUUGUAGGAUGGAAUUGUGCUAUCAGUUCAACAUCAUCCCCAAGUAUAGUGGUUGCUUGUUUGGCCUAGGGUAACCAGUCAUGGUGUGGUGCAGGCUGGGAGCUGUGGUCCCCAGCCAGCAAGCUUUCUGCUGUGCCACCAGUCUCCAUCGUACAUGCUUUCCAGAGCCCCGAUGCUGCAUGUUGGCAGGCUUCCUCCUGUGUUUUAUUCAUGCUGCAGAUGCAUGGCUUUCCAAUGAGGUGGUUGGAAGCUUGACCUGAGGAGGCUGCCUGCUGCUUCGGAUGGUGAGCCCUAGAGAAAUAAGUGAUGUCUGAAAUGAAAAGACGUGAAAUGAUGAGAGAGACAAGUCCAGGCUGUAGCGGGAAUGGAGCAAUGCGCUGCCGAGACUUGCUGUUACCUUGCUGUUACGCUGUGAUUCUUAGGUUCAUUUUCAGGCUAUAUUUGUGUUCGUUUGGAUGACUCCGGUGUAGGGAUCACCCUACACUACCCCCACUGUGUAUCUUUCAGUUCAGUUACUGACCUUUACAUGCAGCGGAGCCGCACCGUGCUCGUCGUGCAUCGCGCUCCUGCGUUGGGUUUGCGCUACGGCACUCCCCGCUGGUUUUGUUUCGUGUAACGCCGCUUCCAGUGUCUCGAAAUAAAAGCUCCUUUUCA